GAGAUAGAGACGGAUAUGAAGAAGUCUCACCGCACUAAUGUCCUGGUGAUGUCCUGUCUGAAGACUCCGGUGGACCCGCACACUAAAGUCCCGUUAGCUCAGUACGAGAGGGAGAGAUCGCUGCCUGCGCUCACGGACAACAGGCACUAUGAGAAAGAGAUGGAGUAUGACUCUGGAUCCGAGCUGGCGACCGACGAACCUCCUGCUAAAGACAGCAAUGCGCUGCUGAUCAAAGAUUAUCGCGUGACGGGCGAUCACAUCGAUCUCAGGGAGUUCUACUUCUCAAACCAAGAGUACUACCGUAAACUAGAGCAGCUGAAGAAGGCUCACCUCCAAACAAUGGCCGAACUCGAACUCAUGUAUCGCAAGAAACUGGACCUCAAGGGGGUGAGCGCUGCGGACAACACCGAUCGGACCAAUCUUUCACCACAAGGAAGGAGUCCAGUGAUAGCCAGCAAUCUGAAAAAAGCCCGGUCUGCUCUGGAGCUGCGGCGAACUUCAGAUCUUUCUGACUUGUCUGAUGAAGAGUGCAAUGCUGACAAUGGCAACACCGAGAAAGGCCUUCAAAUCUCGCCCAAAGAGCACAUCAAGAACAUGUGGAAAGACUUCAGCGUGCAUAAGCUUUCUCCACCUCGAUGGGACCGGAUUUCGUCUUCACUGCAGAGCUUGCCUGCCGACUGCCAGGCUGCUAGCAAACUCAAGGGCAGGGCCAAAGGUCAACGGCUAAAAAAACACAAGCAAGUGGUAGACGAGGUUUGGCAGCCGAGGGUAACGGUACCCAAGCCUUUCCGGAUGACCCUCCGUGAGGCGGAACGCCGCAAGAAAGGCAUAAAAUCGCGCUCGGAGAUGGAGCAAGAGAACGCGGAUCUCCGGCGCCAGGUGGAGGAGCUCACCGAGUGCCACAGGAAAUUCCGAGCCAGUCCGGCGCCUGCUCACGUGCGCCUCCCGCUGUACGAGGAGCUGCAGGAGCGCGACGAGGAGCGCCGGCGGCUUCAUCGCGACUUAGAGCAGCAGCGCCUCCACACCUUUCAAAGACCCUUCAGCUUCCUGGAGCGCGAACGGCUGAAGAAAGAGCAGAAGGAGGCCAAGCUCCACGAGCAAAUGCUCAGACACGACCGAGAGGAAGAGGAGAGGAAGAAAUGCCCUUUCAAGGCCAAACCCGUCCCGCGGGCGGUGAAGGAGGCCGCGUCGGGCGAGCAGCAGAAGGAGGAGGAGCUCUACAGGGCCAUCAAGAUGCAGAUGCGGGCGAGAGAGCUGCUCCACAGCGCCUCCAUGCCUCCUAGCAUGCUCGCGAGGCAGCUCAGCGAGAAGCAGGUGAGCAAAGCCGCGGCCCAGGAUGAAGAGCAAACGCACAGACCCAAAAUCAACGCCGAAGUUCCAGACUUCGACGGCAGCUACAGGAGGUUUCGGAAGCAGCUGGCGAAGCACAAAGAAGUGAGACCCGCCACGGCGUGCGAACCCUUCCAGCUGCGCACCGCUAAUAUCGCCUCGCGCAAAGAGCGCAUCAUGGCGGACAUCGAAGCAGAGGUAAAGAGCCCAAGACCGUCACGCUGGCCGUUCAUGACCCCACCUGCUCUCUCGCCCAGAACGCCCUCGUCAUCCCUCUGCUCCUCUCUGUCUGGAAGUCAGGAAUGCUUGUCAGCUAAAAUCACAGAUGCAGCCAAGAAACGGCAGGAAGCUGUGAGAAAAGUUCUUGAGCAGAGAAAGCGGGCAGAAGAAGAGGAGGAGAAAUGGAAGGAGAAGCAAAAACAGAGAGAGAAGAGACUACAAAGAGUGAUCACAAAGCGAGCCCAGGCGAACGACCCGCACGUGACCCUGGCCCAGACAUGCCCGUCCAAACUAAAAGAGUUCAGGAAGCAAGAUCUUCAGAGACAAAGAGAGUACCGGGAGGAGAUGAGAGAAAUCCAGGAAAGAGUGAAGGGAAGACCACUCUUAUUGGAACAGGUAGCACAGAUGAAUGCUAAGAGAGCAGCGGAAAAGCUCUACUCCGUAACUUUGCAUGGAUGUGGUCUGAGCGAGUCCUUUAUCAGCAGCAAAGCCCCUAAAGACUCGAAACACGGACAGACUCCAAGCCCCACCCGCUCUGGCAGCCAAACUCCACCCACAUACAGGAAUGAAGAUCAUGAGGAACUACCAGAUCUGCAGGAUUCUCUUCUCGAUGACUAUGCAGAUGAUUAUGAAGAGUAUGACCAAGAAAUGGAGGCAGAACACAUGGACAGGGAUGAGGACGACAGAUACGAUGAAGAAAAGGGCUACGACGAAGGACACUCGUAUCAUGACAAGCUGGAUUUUGAUGAUGAUGAUGAUGAUGAUGAUGAUGAUGAUGAACAGGACGAGCGUUAUAAAGAUGAUGACUUCAGCAGUAAGCACAGCCAGAGCAGCAGGGGUAGCGAAAGUAAAAACAGUCACCAUAGCGACAGGAGCAGAACAGGUAGUGUUAAUUAGCUGACGAAAGUGAUCGUUAGCUUUAUUCUGCAUGUUUAAUUUGUUUUUAAACCAAGCAAACCUCGGUAGCAAAUUGUUGUAUAUAUGCGUGUGAGAGAGACUCUCACUAACCUUAUUAAAGGGAUAGUUCACCUAAAAAUUAAAAAAAACAUCCUUUACUGCUGAAAACAAAAGAUGUUUUGAAGAAUGUAGAUAACCAAACAGUUUCUGGUCCCCGUUGACCAUAGUAGGUUUUUUUUCCCAUGUUACCAACAACUGCUUGUUACCCACAUUCUUUAAAAUAUCUUCCACAGAAGAAAGAAACUCGUACAGGUUUGGAAAGGCUUGAGGCUAAAUAAAUGAAUUAUGUGUCCAUUUAAGGACAUGUUCGCAUCACAUUUCACCGUAAAAAAAUAUAAUACAGAGCACAUUAAAUCACAAAUAAAGUGGGAUACAAACACAAACACACAUUUCAUACACACACACACACACACACACACACACAUAUAUAUAUAUAUAUAUAUAUAUAUAUAUAUAUAUAUAUAUAUAUAUAUAUAUAUAUAUAUAUUGUUCUAAGAGUAAUUGUGAGGAAUUACCAGUAAUAAUAAUAAUUCUGCAAUGAAACUGAUCAUAAUAAGCUUAAAAUUUCUUUAUGCAAAGUAUAAUUUCCUUAUUUAUUUUUGAGGCAGAAUGUGACCUGGACAUGUUUACAUAGCAUUCACACAACAUAAAAUAUGGCAACAUAAAAAAAAAAAAAAUAUAUAUAUAUAUAUAUAUAUAUAUAUAUGUGUGUGUGGAAAUAAUUGCCUGUCUACUAUAGUAUAUAUUUAACAAAGGGCCAAAAACUCAAAUAUGUUACACAUUAAAUCAGCGUUUGCAUAUGCAACGAGAGAAAAUAACUUAAUAUGUGGAAAAUAAACUUUAUUAUUGCAA